AUGUUCCGUGUCCGACGCCCCGCCAUCCUUUGUCUCACGACAGCCUCGCUGUUGAAUACGACGGACCCGUCAAAACGGUCUCUUCCGCACUCGAGCACGUUUGGCACAAUAAUAGGAGACGAAGCGUCUCAGAUACCCGAGCCCGCCUUGGCCGCCAUAGCUAGCCGCAUCCCGGAGGCAAAACAGCGCUACAUAGGGGAUAUCCAUCAAGUUGAACCCCAUGCUCGAUGUCAGCGAACUUCAAACCCGGCUAUUUUUGGCGCUCGCAGUGUGAUGAAUGUCCUAGUGGGAGCAGCAGCCGUCCCGGUAUCCCCGCUGGUUACAACCUUCAGGGCGCAUCCCGCUCUCAAUGCGCUCCCCAACCUUGUAGCCUACGACGGCACACUCCUCAACGGUACAGGUCCGGAGUCGCGACAGCUCUUGCUGUCGGCUAUGCAAUUCCCCACCCCGGAAGUCCCCUUUAUGUUUCUUAAUGUUGCAGGACAAUCCACGAAGGCGGCCAGUAAGUCGCAUUUCAACACGGACGAGGCUAACGCCUGCGUUCGAUUAAUCGAAUUGUUGCUAGGGAAAGGCAUUCAGCCAAAUCAGAUCUGCGUGAUAUCUUUCUACAAGGAGCAAUCACGCCAUCUUCAAUCACGCCACGAUCGACUCGGCGUCGAGCUGACCACCGUGGAUUCCGUCCAAGGACGUGAAAAGGAGGUAGUUAUUCUUCUAACGACCAGAACCAACUUUUCUGCUAAUUCAGCCGACUUCCUGGACGACUACAGACGCGUCAACGUAGCGACCACACAAUGCCGUCACGGACAAUUCAUUCUGGGCAACGCCGAAUCUUUGACGACAGUACCGUUCUGGCGGCGGAUCCUCGACUGGGCAGCGUCGCUCAAUGCCAUCGUUCCAGCAUCAACCAGCGACUGGUAUUUGUAG